AACGCGAUCUCACUCGAGCCACAGAAGAGAGGCCACCGCGCGUCCGCGCCAACGCCAAGCAAAAGAAACUCCUCCGCGUAUCCGCUCCGCCCAUAGAUUGGCGUGCCCUGCACUCGGAAAUUCCAAUCUCGUAACCAAGUCGCCCACUAGGGGAGUGAGCAGCGUACACCGGCGACUUCUGCUGCUUGGUGCCGAGGAGCUCCUCCAGCUUGCAGGUUGGUGGAAGCUGCGUUUUAUUACCAUGAGCUCGCCCAACACGUGGCUGUUCUCGGACAACUCCAGGUACAGCACCCGCGCGCGGCUGCUGUUCAUGGGCCUCUCCUUCGCCAUCGGCAUCCUCACCUUCCUCCUCUACCUCGCGCUCUGGUACGCCUGCAGCCGCCGAGGCCGCCGAUCCAGCGGCGGCGCGGUUGAGGCGCCGGCGUCCGCGGCGGACCGCGGCAUGAGCGUGGACGCGAUCGCCGCGCUGCCGACGUUCGCGCACGAGGGCGCCGAGGCGCUGGACUGCGCGGUGUGCCUCGGGCAGGUGGAGCCCGGCGAGAAGGUGCGGCGGCUGCCCAAGUGCACGCACUCGUUCCACGCCGAGUGCGUCGACGCUUGGCUGCGCGCGCACUCCACGUGCCCCAUGUGCCGCGCCGCCGUCGGCCCGGCCGCGUCCGCCACCGCCAAGAAGACCGAGACCAUCACCUCGGUGCCGGUGCCGGCAACGGCAACGGCAACGGCAACGGCAGCGGCAGCGGCAGAAGCGUUGCUACCUGUGUAGCGUGGCGGGAUGGCCGCGUGGGAACGCUUGAGCACAUGCAUAAUUGGAGAAUAGCUACAGCUAUAGUGACAGUACUAGAGUGUAACAUAGGAUAUAUAGAGGCUUAAUCAUGGAGAUUUAUUUGGUUCAUGCGUACUUGUACAGCGAUAUAUGUGACGUCAACUCUUGCGACUUGCUAGCUCCUGCACCUCUGAGGUGAGCUGAGCUGUUUCCAUUUUCCGAUUGAAUGAACGAUGCAUGGAGCAAGCAAGCCAACGGCGCUGCGUACCGCAACGUCCUGCCGAGGCCAGCUCCUCUCA